AUGCGUUCCUCUUGCCCUUCUUCUUCCUUUUCCCGUCUUGCUGUGGCGUCGUUCCGUUACGUCUUUUCCCACCCCGCCCUCUCCCCUCAGGGCUGUCGCGGGUGCGGCUCGGCCUCGCGCUUCACCAAAGCCACCCCCGGGCCAGCGCGGGUGGUGCCAAAAGGAGGAGGGGGGGGCCUUUCGUCCGGGCUUUCGUUUCCCCCCACCUCAGCCGGGGAGCUCCGCCGCAUCCGGGAGGAGCUGCGGCGCAGCCCCAGCGAGGCCCACCGCGUGGCCGUCCUCAGCGAGGUGAUCAAGGGAGGAAGGGAGGGGGGAAAGGGUGCUGCGCGGACGCAGUUUUCGUUGUGGAGGAUCGCCCGCGCGGCCGAUCUCGACAUGGCAACGUUUGCGCAGUUCGCCCAACUCCUUGCCCAGCUGCGGGCUCCGCCAGACCUGCCGAUGCUCCGCGAAAUCGCCGAGUUGUUCGUCUUGCGGGCGGCAGCGGCGUCACCUUCGACGGCCGCCCACCUCCUCCGCGCGUUGAUUACUUUGCGGUAUGGCGACCUCGAGCGGGUGGUGGAGGCACUCAUGCGGGAGAGCCUCCAGCCGAGAAUUAACCCCUCCUCCUCUUCACCGCUUUCCGAGGUGGACAAAGAGGGGUUUCCUAUUUCCGCGCAGGUUGUGGUGUUGGGAGCCCUUCUUCGGGUGGUUUUAGCGCCAGGCGCGGAUGCUUCAUUAAUGCCGAUGGCGAACUUGCUGAGAGAGCGUCUGGAGUGCGCCUCGCUUUACACCCUUCCUCUCUCGGACAUCGUGUUUUUGGUGGAUUCCGUGGGUGCUUCGAUAGCCCUUGGAGAACAGCGAGGCUCCUCGAUUUUCUAUAAAGGAAAGGCGAAUAGCAUGUGGGUAUCGUUUGCGGUGGGGCUCUGGGCUAUCUUGGGUGACUAUGAUCUUGUGGCUCUCUCAUUUAUUGAUGUGCUCACGAUUGCAAAGAAUUUUAAGCCCCUGGGGGACUACCGAAAUAGUUUUGAAAGCAUCAUUCCGAAGAUCUACAAUCGAAUACAGAAGCAUUUGGAAUGCCAAUCCGAAUCUAUUGCUUCUACGGAGGACUCGCUAUCGAUGGCAGAGAUUGAAAUUUUAGUUGAACUAGCUGCGGCUAAGAAUCCCGCACUUUUAGGAUUUGUUCCUCCCGAUGACCUUGAUGCGCUGCGUGUUCAGGUUUUGAAGCUCCUCGAGACGUACUUUGAAAGGUGUGCGGCAGAUUCGGAGGUGUCGGAAGGAGCCGAGAUAGUUUUGCUAAAUACGGGAGCUCGAAUCCUUGAAGUUUUUUUUAUUCAUUCUUCUCUAUCUGAUGUUACCUCCCUUCACGAUAAGGACGUUGACUUAAAGGAGCAUAUUCCGGAGUUUCUUUUACAGUUUAUGCUGAACGCCGUGCGUAGGGCGACGAAUGAGGUUUGCGAUCAGGUGCCAAUGGCCGUUCAUUUGGUUUUGCGCUGCUUUGUGAGCGAUCCGCUCUACCGUGUGGAAGUGGAAGCGCUCUCUGCGCGCUACGUUGCGUAUCUUACAAAGCGGAGUCGCCAAAACGAUGACUCUUUGCUUCACCCCUUUCAACUGACCUGUCUUUUAGUAGACGGUUUGGUUGAGGCUCACGCUCGGGCGCUUUCCCUAAUUGUCCGCAAUUAUUUAGAUCGCUGGGGCGUCGACGACGUGUUUUAUUUCCUAAAGUACUCCUGUGAGGUUCCCGGCAAGGCCACACGAGGGAUCAUGCGGGAUGCCGCGGAGGUGCUCAUCAAAUACGUUCCGCGCGCUUCGGCCAAUCAAAUCGCGUUGUUAAUGCGGUAUUAUGGAAAGGCCGGGGUACGGCAUGAUAAGUUUUGCGAGGCCGUUUCGGAGAGGCUUCGGGUGUUGGCCGUGGCCGAUGCCUUUUCGCUUCGCCAGCUUUCUGACACGUUGGGGGGGUUUGCCCUGGUGGAAUAUGCGGCCACCGCGCCGUUUGUGAGCGCCGCGCCGCGAGUGUUGGGCCUUCUGGGGAAUUCGCUCAACUCUGCAGGGGAGGUAGCCCAACUCCUUGCAGCCUACUCGAAAAUGCUGAUUUGGAAUUUUAAGCUAAUUUGGGGGCUGACGGAGAAAAUGGUGCAGCUCGCCUCGGACGAUGGGGAGGGGCGCGGGGGGGUGAGUUUGGAGCAUUUGGUGGCCACCCAGCUCGCCCUGAUUCGGAUGGACCUUCAGCACCCGAAGCUCACCGGCCAGCUGCUGGAGCGGAUUUUUCGAAUGUUCCUUGUUGAAGCCCCGGCAACUCGCCCCGAGCUCGGCUAUCGCGAGGCCCUGGAGCUGCUAUCCGUUCUUUCACGCCUGCCCGAGGGGUUUCUUCGCGAGUCCGUCGACGCCGCCUACCCGCGAUUUCCACGCUGUCUGGAGUUUCUUCUGACGACCUUGCGGGGGCAUCUCGAGCGGCUCGCGCGGGAUGUUGAAGCCGUCGCGGAGGUCCUCUUAUCCCUCGCACGCGCAGGCCUCGCCGAGGACGGGCUUUUUCAGGCGCUUUCUCUCCGCGCGAUCGAGCAGGUGCCGUCGGCCUCGCCUAGGUCGAUGGCCACCCUGGCUAGGGCCCACGCCCUCGCGGGGAAAGCCAACGACGAACUCUUCGCCCUGCUCGCCGAUCGCGCAAUUUUACACAAAAACCGUAUUGCCGCGGCGACAAUUGCGGAGCUCCUCGCGGCCUUCGCGGCCGCCGGCGUCCGCCAUGAUCAACUUUUCAUCGAGAUGAUCGCGCGGGUUCGGCAUGUCGGGCUAUAUGGCACCCCUCGGGACCUGCGGAACGUCGUCCAGGCCUACGCGCGGGUGAAUCUAUGGCAUUAUAAACUCUUCGCGAGCCUGGCUGACCGUGCGGUCCAGCUGCGGGCGGAGUUCCGACCCUCCUGCAUGGUGGGGAUGCUUGAGGCCUACGCGCUGGUGGGGAUGCGCUACGAGAAGCUCUUUGUCGAGUUCGCGCGGCGGGUGCAAACGGUCUCGCACCUCUUAAACGCGGCAGAUCUGGCCACGGUCGCAUUCAGCUAUGCCUCUAUGAAGAUAGGUGUGGAAACGGUGUUUCGUUCCUGUGCCGAGCGAGCGGUUGAAAUAGUUGAGCAAUUUAACGAGGCGGACGCAAUAAAACUCUUCCGUGCGUUCGACGAAGUCGAGUUCGAGCACGAGGCAUUCCGCGCUGCAUUCGUACCACGGUUUUCUGCCAUAAUGGAAACAUCUCAAGCAACGAAUGAACCUGUGAAAGACGACGACGUUUUAGAUACGGAAAAAACACCAAUAAUUAAUUUGGAGACGGAAAACAAAUAA